AUGAAAGAAGCACUAGUGAAGAGUAUCAGCGGGGAAACUCAUCUCCCUGACCUCUUCGGCAAGAAUCCAAGGGAGGUGUGCAACACUAUGAAACCUAAAUCCGCCAUUGUUAAAUCUAGAACUGAGGAUUUUAUUAGAACAUAUGGAUUACAAGAGAGCAGUGUAAAGAACAGAAAGACUGGCAAAAAGAAAUGCUAUGUUUUUACAAAGAUUAGACUCAUGUUCCAAGCUGAAUUGAAUUUCUUGCUAUAUAAUCAUUUAUGUGGCCUAAGUGUUGCUAGAGAUUCUAGGUUAUCGAAAAAUAUUGGUAAAGAACCGCUUACGUUGCCAGAUUAUGGAGUGUCUCUACCUUCAAUAGAAAGUCAAUAUCAGUUUUAUCCAGAGAUGAUAAUGGAAUCUAAAGGACCAAAAUGGCCAAGCCACGUGACAAACGAUGUUGUUGCAUGUAGAGUAUAUGUGCCUUUAGUUGUAUGGGUCAACAUGUUGAAUAGAUUCUCCACUUACAAUUUACUUUAUCUUCCACACGACAUGUCUUGUUUAACAUGUUGA